GAGAGCGAAGAUGGCGACGCGGGCGUGCGGGAUCCCGGCGCGGCGCUUGCUGCUGGCGCUGCGGGGCGGAGGCCCUUGCCUGGCCCGCGGCGGCGGAGCCCGGGGCUACUCCAAAGACAAAGAAAGCAGUUGGUUCCGUUCCCUCUUUGUCCAUAAAGUGGAUCCGCGAAAGGACGCACAUUCCAACCUCCUGUCCAAGAAAGAGACCAACCACCUGUACAAGAUCCAGUUCCACAAUGUGAAACCCGAGUGCCUGGACGCCUAUAACAGCCUGACGGAAGAGGUGCUACCGAAGCUGCACUCAGAUGCCGACUACCCCUGUGACCUGGUCGGCAACUGGAAUACUUGGUAUGGCGAACAGGACCAGGCAGUGCACCUCUGGCGAUUCAGCGGCGGCUACCCAGCCCUCAUGGACUGCAUGAACAAGCUGAAACAGAACCAGGCGUACCUGGAAUUCCGGAAGGAGAGAAGUCAGAUGUUGCUUUCUCGAAGGAACCAGCUGCUUCUGGAAUUUAGCUUUUGGAAUGAGCCGUUACCACGUCCUGGGCCCAACAUCUACGAGCUGAGAACGUACAAACUUAAGCCUGGGACUAUGAUUGAGUGGGGGAAUAACUGGGCGCGGGCCAUUAAGUAUCGCCAGGAGAACCAGGAAGCGGUGGGGGGCUUCUUCUCCCAAAUCGGGGAGCUAUACAUCGUGCACCACUUGUGGGCCUACAGAGACCUGCAGUCCCGAGAGGAAACGAGAAACGCGGCCUGGAGGAAGCGGGGCUGGGAUGAGAACGUUUACUACACAGUGCCCCUUGUUCGGAACAUGGAGUCUCGGAUCAUGAUCCCCUUGAAGAUCUCCCCGCUGCAGUGAUGCUGACCUCUUUCGGCACCGGCCUCGUCAAUUGCACUGGAAGAAACGUGUCUUGCCGUAUUCCCCCCCCCCUUCCAUCCCUCUCUGCCCCCUUCCAUCCCUUUCCUUUCUCUUGCUGCUUUGGUUAGGGACCAUAUAUUUGUCCAUUCCCACCACCACCACCUGCCCUCCUUUGCCCCCUGCCGGGCAAAACUCCCUGCUUGGCUUUGUGUUUGAGAUGGGUCUUCUUCCUCCCCCCCCCCCCCCCCCAAGACAUUCUCUAGACAAAAGGUACGCAUAGAAUGUAUCCGACGCAUUGCCUUCGACAUGGGACCUGACCUGGCUGCAGGGAAGCCAGCUACAAGCACUGGAAGAUUGGUUUUUGUUUUUAUCAGUAUUUUUUUUUUUGCACCAAGCUCUCCUGCCAAGUUUCCUGAUCCUUUAGCAAGAGGUCUCCCUAAUCCCUUGAUGGGGACACUGUGACAUUUGUGCUCUCGAAGCAUGCUUCUCUUUGCCGUAGCGGUCCAGCACACCUCGGUUGAGACCAUGGCGUGCCCCGCUCUCAGCUUGUAUUGCUGUGAGAUCUCGGUGCAUUGCGGUCCAUCUCUCGCUCAUGAGAGAUGCUUUGGCCAGAUAUCCCAAGCCUCAGAAGGCAAGCCCAGAAGCCAGGAUGGCCCAUUGGCCAACUCCGGGGCAAAGAGGAUGGAAAGUUUGUGUGCUCUGUGGGUUGCGAAACCAGAGGGGCCGUUCGGAGAAUCGAGGCUACUUCAUCAUUCUGCCCCCUCCCUAAGUCUCUGCCGCCUGAUUGAUGUGACUUCAGUCUGUUUCUUGCACAGCCCCCUCCCAAAUCUAUGUAGACCCCAAUUCUCUCCCUGCCCUCUGGAGAAGUUUGGUGCUUCUGUAUAAGGCUAUGUGCUUGUCAGAGCUAGCUUGCAAGGCCCUUCUAGGCCAUGUGCUCUCUUCCUGCGGUAACAUGCUUGGGUGCUUCUAGCUCCAGGAACACUGUUGAUCAGGGCAAAUGGCCCAUCUGAGCCCUAGUCCUAAACCAGGCGCUGAUGAAACACAAAGGGUGUGACCUGGGACAACGCCCCGCCCCGACCUCAGCUUUCGGUACCAGGUGCUGUUUUUAAUCCCUGCAAAGAUCAUACUCUGUUUGAACGCCAUCUCUAAAACUGUUUCAGGACAGAUGCAUAAGAGGGAGUACAGUGCUACGAAUGUAUAAUUCAGCCUCCCCCAACCUGGUGCCUUCCAGAUGUUUUGGACUACAAGUCCCAUCAGCCACAGCAAGCAUGAUCGGGGACCAUGGGAUUUGUCAUCCAAAAUGGCUGAAGGGCAUCAAGUUGGGAAAGGCUGGUAAAAGAACCAGUCUGUGCCUGUUUGUUUGUCUCUCUCUUACCCUCUGAAAUGCAUAAAAACUUUCACUGUAAUGGCCUAUUUGUGAAGCGAGAGACAAGUCAGAUGCCGUCAUCCUGUUUUCUUUGACAGUCGUGAGAAGUUGGUUGGCGUAAUGAGAAUAUGCUUGUUAAUAAAUAAAGUACUCUCUUUUUGAGGGACUAUGUAAACUGCCUAGCUGCAAGCGUAAUUAAAUAUUUAAUAUACUAA